AAUGUCUCUGAAGUGCUUUUGGAUUUUUAAAGGAGCUAGAGAUCUGUUAUGUAUUAAUAAGAAAUACAAACAAGCCUUGUGUACCGAGAAGGACCUUUGUUAUACGUUACACUAUAUAUUUCAGUUUUACACAAAGACACAGUUCCUGCUCAGAGGACCUGCCAGUGAUAACAGAAACUAUAUUUUUAGAAUCUACUCUCUUCUGUUAGCCCACAGAGUUAUAUUUCUGUACUGGCAGCUCCCAACAACCCAUAAGUCUCUCUCAAUAUUUUAUCCAUCAUGACAAGAGCCAGAUGAUAGGCUCAAUACAUCAACCUAAAGAGAAUUAUAAAUGUGUCUGGUAAAGGGUAUUCACUCCGAACAGAACCUCAGUCCUAUCGACUUCUGUUGCUGAAUCUUUUAAACACAGGAAGCUAAGAAUUUGGAUUCUGGCAUUUUUCUCAUUGGCUGUAAGGGCAGAGCCUUCCCCCACCCCAGCUGAGUGAAAAGAAAAGGCAGGAUCAUGUAACAUUCACUCUUUGGAGUGACCUACACACAUAGACCAUGGAUUCCUCUGGAAAGCCGGUUCUUUAUAGUUAUUUCCGAAGUUCCUGCUCUUGGAGAGUGAGAAUAGCACUGGCUCUGAAGGGAAUUGCCUAUGAUCAGGAACCAGUGAACCUCUUGAAGGAUGGGGGACAGCAGUUUUCUACAGAAUUCCAGGCAGUGAAUCCAAUGCAGCAGGUCCCAGCCCUGAAAAUCGAUGGCAUCCUCCUGUCUCAAUCUCUAGCCAUAAUUCAGUACUUGGAAGAGACCCGGCCCAACCCCAGCCUGCUGCCUCAAGAUCUGAAGAAGAGAGCCCAAGCCCGGAUGAUUUCAGAUCACAUUGUUUCUGGCAUUCAGCCCUUGCAGAACCUGAGUAUGCUGAAACGAGUGGGAGGGGAGAAGAAGUUGGAAUGGGCUCAACACUAUAUCACAUGUGGUUUCCAAGCUCUAGAGCGGAUCCUGCAGCACACAGCUGGGCAUUACUGCAUUGGGGAUGAGGUUUCAAUGGCUGACUUGUGUUUGGUCCCUCAGGUUUACAAUGCUGAGAGAUUUAAAGUGGAUCUGACUCCAUACCCCACCGUAACAAGAAUCAAUAAAGCCCUUCUGGAAUUAGAGGCAUUCCAAGUUAGCCACCCAUGCCGGCAGCCUGAUACCCCUGCAGAGCUACGAGCAUAAGGCCUUCUUACAAGCUGGCUCUAUUCCUCUCUAAAGCAGGAGGGCAGAGGUGGCAGAGAAAUGGAUCGCACCCUGCCCACAGAAGGAAAACAACACUCAUUUGCUCAGUGGGGAGCCAUAGCACCGCUGCAUCUUUGCCAGCUGAACAGAAGGAAAGAGAAAGAGUGAUCACUCCCACCCUUUUACUCUGAAAGAAGCUGUGGGUGGCCCAUUGCAUGGGAGGGAAAGGUCGUGCUUACCCUGAUCAUGUUUCAUUGCCUUCAAUCUCACCAUGCAGCAGAUUAAAGGAAAAGCAUUGAUGGCUA